AUGCCAGCUGAAAUUGAGAUGACAUCACCAAUUGCGGCUAUGAGGGCGAUGUCUGUGAUCCGGCAAAAGUACAAUACCAUGGUUGAGGAGGAGGUUGUGUGUGAGCAUGAUGACUUAUCCAGUGGUGUUGCAGCGUCGGAUGGGACAGUGUUGUUUGACAAGCCACAUGGACUUUGUGAUGAUGACUGCAGUGAAGACCGUGGAAAUGAGCAAGAAAUGUCUGUGGGUGAAGUUGAGCAAUGGGAUUUGUUUAUGCCGUUGGGAGAAGGAAGCCCUGAAUCGGUUCCAAAGGUGCUUUUGGCCUCAUGUGAUGGGCUACCGGUUGCCGCCAAGACAGAGGUCACGUACACAAAAGGAAUCGAGGAACUACUCAGCAGUCUGGAAGGACCACUUACAAUCGUGCACAAUGUUGACCCUUCGGAGGUCUCCGCCUCCUUCAGCAAGUGGGAGCAAGCCGCCAUCAAGGAGAUCAAAUCCUUUGAGUCUGCCUCUAAGAAAGUUAUGAGUACCGACAAGGAGGUGAUCAAGGAUCUGAGGAGCGGGCGUGCAAAGCUAGUGCCAAUGAAAGGGGUAUAUACAGUGAAGCCCUCAUCAGCAGAGGCGGUUGAGAAAGGGGAGUGGUUCAGGAGGAAGGUGAGGAUUGUUGCAUGUGGAAAUAUGAUGGCUGAGUCUGGAGAGGAUACUUACGCUGCAGCAGCCCCAGCAGAGGUUGUUAGAAGCUCAUUGUCGGUCUCCAGCAAAAUGAAUUGGGAUGCAGCGGUAUUGGAUGUGACUGCGGCAUUCCUUCAGACUCCUUUAUGUGAAGUACAGUGCAAGCAAAGGAUACUUGGACAACCUCCUCGAGCUUUGGUCAGGGCAGGUCUAUGUCAUGAACAUGAGUUAUGGGAUUUUACUCAUGCAGUUUAUGGCCUUCGAGAAUCACCUCGAUGGUGGGGUGAAUUUCGAGACAGUCGCCUGGCUCAGCUCAAUGUGGUGGUUGGUACAAGAAGAAUCAAGCUUACACAAUGUCGAGUUGAAAGCAGCUGGUGGAAACUUGUUGAAGACUCAGUGUUGGUGGGCUUGGUGGUGGUUUACGUUGAUGACCUACUGAUAUGCUCGAUUCCCUCAAUCAUUACAGCGGUAGCAGAGGCUAUCAACAGGUUGUGGGACACCAGUGUUUUGUCGUGGGCUUCCAAAGGAGGUAUAAGGUUCUUGGGCAUCGAGAUUGUGAAGGUCGAUGGUGGAUUUGCCCUGAACCAAGAACCGUAUAUUCGGGAACUCACAAGGAUCCAUGCAAUUUCUGAAAAGCAGCUUGACUUGGUCCCGGUAUCAAGAGAGCAGGCCAGUUUUGUGGCAGAAUCGUCGGAAGCAGUUUUUACCGUCGAGGAGCUUCGACAAGCUCAGAGAUUGGCUGGCGAGAUACUGUGGGUGUCGCAGAGGACGAGACCUGAUAUCGCAUUUACCUCCAGUCUUAUCAGCUCCUUAUCCGCACGUGCUCCAAGAAGGGCAAGCGCAAUCGCCAAAAAAUGUAUCGGAUUCUUACAGCGCACGUCCCAGCAGCAUUUGUGGAUAAGAGCCAAAUCCAAUCAGCUGAUUGCAUGGACAGACGCGUCAUACGCGCCUGACGGAUCCCGCUCCCAUAGCGGGUGGGUUAUUGCAUUAGAUGAGGCGCCAAUAAACUGGAGAUCUGCGCGUCAGAGUACAGUGACGUUGUCUACUGCUGAAAGUGAGCUUUCUGCAUCCACCGAGGGAGCCUUGGCACUUAUCAGUGCCGAGGCAUUACUCUCUGAACUCAAUAUCGGUCCAUGGGAACUUCGGCUUCGUACGGACAGUACGUCCUCAGCUGCCAUACAGCGUGGUUCAGGCAGUUGGCGAACACGCCAUUUGAGGAUUAAGUCGAGCUGGAUCACCGAAAAGCUCGAGGCCGGGGAUCUUGAAAUUGAACAUUGGCCUGGAGAUGACCAACUCGCAGAUGCUCUGACAAAGCCGUUGUCAAGUAUUCGAAUGCGUCAUCUAGCUGGACUAAUUGGUUUGAUGUCCCUGGAGGAGAUUGCCGAGAAGAUCAAAGCAGCACAGGACAACAACAACUGCGGCAGCACCGGAGCUAUAGCAAGCGAGCUUGUGGUGUAUCAGCCGAUGACCGUGGACCAUGGCUUGGUGAUGUGGUGCGUGUUUGCAAUCAUAGCACUGUUGUGGACGGCAGCAUGGGAGCUUAUCAAGUAUGCUGGAUGGCAAAUGUAUUUCUCGAUUACUCCUGGAGCAAGUGCAAGGAGAAUGAGGAGACUGAGAAGGAUUCGAGAUGCGACAACGGAAGCGAUCCAGAGCGAGAUCACAGCGAGAAGGAGGGAGUUGAAUGCUGAAGGGCGCACUGCUCCUGAAGUCAUGAGGGCACGGGAUGCUGAGGUUUUCUUCAGUAGCUCAAGCGCUAGGGAUCGCUCUGCCUCGUUGAGCCGGGUUCCAGAUGCACCGCUACAGACUACGAAGACUGUAUAUGGUUCCAAUCAGCGGGACAAGGCAGUGCAGACGACAGGCCCAGCGUUUACACCUGUGCUUCCAGAAGUGAGGACGGAGGUACGGCGAGAGAUUCAGAUACCAGAGAAUGUCUACAUUGGACGCAAGAAAGAGUUCAAGCUUUACGCAUUUGUGAGUAUUGCGUUCGACAUCGCGGACGAGACCCACAACACCCUGCUCCGAGUGUUGACCGCGGAUGAUCAAGUAUGCCCUAGCGAGCUCCUUGAGGAGGAGUGA